CCAAACCUCAAUCUUGCGGUACAGCCCUUGACUCAAGAUGCCUUUGCUGAGUUCGGCACCGUCGUCGAGAAUCCAGUGAGUGCAACUGGGAGAUCUCAACAGCCAAAGGUCGUCAAGGCGAACCAAGGCUCGGCUCUCAAGUACAUCGACGUCUCCCAUGUCACCGACUACUAUUAUCUGGCCCCUAGUGGGAAUCCUGCCAGGGCUGUUAUGAACAUGUUCGUUUGUUCACCGCGCCGAUUGCAGUCCAACAGUAGCAGUUCGGAUAUCACUCAGGAACGGACAUCGAAAUUUCCUGUGCAGAUUCUGGAACGACACCCGUUCACCCCCCAAACCUUUGUUCCACUCGGUCUUGCGGCCGAAGAUGCAACAACGGCUUACCUUGUCAUCGUCGCUCCUACAUGCAAAGCGAUGGACCAACCACUACUCUAUCCCCAACAUGUCCCGAAACGACAACGGAGCUGGACCGAGAUUUUCUUCAGGGCUCAACCUUCUUCAGUUGACAACUCUACACUGUCGUCGUCGGAGUCUAGCCCUGAGCCCCAGCUGCCUAAAGGUCCGGGCGAGCCAGAUCUCACCCGGGCGCGCGCUUUUCUUGCCAAUGGUUCGCAAGCUGUCACCUAUGGUCCUGGUACAUGGCAUGCGCCAAUGGUUGUGCUUGGCGCGAAAGCUAUCGAUUUUGUAGUCGUACAGUAUUCCAAUGACGUUGGCCUGGAAGACUGUCAAGAGGUGGAAAUCAGGACAGAAACCGGAUCAGAUGGGUUGAAUGUUGUCAUUGAUAGU